AUGUUUUUGGGAGAGAAGAGAGGUCUGUCACAGCCUGAGAGCAGCUCGUGGCAGAUGGGCAAAGAGUUACCACCUACCGCUGGUCGUGACUUGCUAGCGUCGCCCUACACCGGAAGCCAGCCAGCUUGGGGCCCGAAAAUCGACAAGUUGUCCAUCUUGGGCGUCCGGUCUUUCGACAACCAGCGGAGUGAGACAAUACAGUUCCACACGCCACUAACACUUAUUGUUGGCUACAACGGAUCUGGCAAGACUACCAUCAUCGAGUGUCUCAAGUAUGCCACGACAGGCGAACAGCCCCCAAAUAGCAGGGGCGGCGCAUUCAUCCAUGACCCCAAACUCUGCAAUGAGCGAGAGGUGUUGGCUCAAGUCAAACUUUCAUUCAAGGCUACAUCCGGAGCGAGAAUGGUGGCCACGCGGAGCUUACAGCUCACCGUCAAGAAGACCGCUAGAACCAUGAAAACUCUCGAGGGUGCUCUAGUGAUGAUCAAAGAUGGAGAGCGGACUGCGAUCUCCUCUCGCGUCGCAGAGCUUGACCAGAUCAUGCCCCAGUAUCUCGGGGUUUCCAAAGCAGUCUUGGAAUCGGUCAUCUUCUGCCACCAAGACGAUAGCUUGUGGCCGAUGAGCGAGCCUGCAUCAUUGAAGAAACGCUUCGAUGAAAUCUUUGAAGCACUGAAAUACACAAAGGCCAUCGACAAUAUCAAAGUUCUCCGCAAGAAGCAAAAUGAAGAGCUGGGAAAGUACAAGAUUAUCGAGCAGCAGGCCAAGAUAGACAAAGACAAAGGCGAACGGGCUGAAAAGCGGUCCAAUGAGCUACAAGCCGAGAUCGAGGAUUUACGUGUCAAGGUGUUCGAGCUAAAAGACAAGAUCGAUGAAGCCAAAGUCAAGUCGCGCGAGGCUUGGGAUCAUGCAGCCAAGUUUGAGAAGAUCGUUGGCACGCUCGAGGUAAAGCGCAUGGAGUUGCAGACGACCGAGCGGAGCGUGAACAGCUUGAAAGGCCGCAUCAAAGAAAUGACGGAUUCUGAUGAAGAGCUACAAGCUAUUCUGGAUCGCUACCAAGAGCGAGUAACGCUCUACGAGCAAGAAAAUGAAACCCUGCGAAGGCAGUACAGUGAGUUGGCCAAAGAGGUCGAGCAGAGCCGUCGAGCACUGGGCGUCAAGCAGAGCGAGAUCGGCAAGUUCGAGGCCCAGAAAGAUCAGUAUGAACGGCAGAUCAACAACCGGCAGGCACUGAUCAAAGAGACUGCUCGCCGUCAUAAGAUCCGAGGCUUCGAUCUUGACAUUACCGACGAGCAUGUCCGAGAUUUCAUGGAGAGGAUAGGCAAGAUGGCAAGGGACCAGAACACUGCUUUUGAACGCGCACGGCGCGAGACGCAAGAAGAACUGCAGAAGGCACAGAGCUCUCUUAACCAGAUCAACGAGCGCAAAUCAGCUUUGAACCAGAGCAAGGAGAGCUCAAAAGGCCAAACGUCGGCGAACGAUAGGAAAAUGGCGGUGUUCCAGGCCGAUGUGGAUAACAUUGAAAUCGACGAAGGCGGCAGAACAAUCCUGGAAUCCACUGUGGAAGAUGUUGAACGCCGUCUCAGCAAAGCCAAAGCAGACUUCAAUGCAGCGAACUGGGACAAGCAGAUACAAGACACUGAUGCCCAGCUGCGAGCUCUUGACGAGAAGAAGGAAAAGCUCGAUGCAGAGUUGAUACAGGGGACGAAGCGAGCUGGCGAUCUGGCCAGGCUGGAUUAUCUCCACAAGGAGCUGAAAGACCGGCAACGGAGUCUCGAAACCAUGAUCGGCGCGCAUGGCGAGCACAUCUCCCAGAUUGUGGGUGAGCACUGGAGUCCGUCUACCCUAGAGGUAGAAUUCCACGCAGUUCUCGAUCAGCGCGAUGCGGAGGUCAAGGAAGCCGAACUACAACGAGACGGCACCAGCCGCGAACUUGAACAAGUCGAGAUCAGGCUCAGCACCAGCAGGGCAGACCUCAAGAGGAAACGCCAGGAGCACCGGAAUGCCGAACAGCGGGUUCGGGACGCUAUCGAGGACGAGCCCAGCGAAUUUCCGCAGGUUCUGGACCAGCUACAGAAGAACCGGGAUAUCACCCAGCAAGAUGCUACUCAGUUCACGAACAUGAAGGACUACUAUGAGAAGUGCCAGAAGACGCUUGAGAGUCACAACACCUGUCUUCUCUGCCUUCGGCCAAUGCGCAACGAUAAGGAGAAGGCGUCCUUUUCGAAGAGGGUGCAAGAGAGCAUAGCGAAGGCUGCACAGGAAGCCAGUAAUGAGGACUUUCAGCUGGCUGAAGCUGAGCUCAAGAAGGCCAAAGAGGCCAGCCCGGACUAUGAUGCUUGGGUCAGGCUAGGGGAAACCGAGAUCCCCGCCCUAGAGAAAGAUUGUCGAGAGCUCGAGUCGCGGCGUGACGCUUUGGUCGCUAAAGUGGAAGAGCAAGACCAAGUUGUCAACGAACGGCAAGGAGCCAAGAGGGAUGUCGAUGCUCUAUCAAGGACGGUUCAGAACAUCACCAAAUAUCGUACCGAUAUCGGGGGCUUCGAAUCACAGAUCAAGGAGCUUUCCGCAAAGCAAAAGGACGCAGGACUGUCACGAGGUUUGGAGCAGAUACAAGAAGAGCUCAAGAAGGUCAACGAGCAAUCCAGAUCGGUCAAGAUGACACUCACACAGCUGUCCGCCGACCGAGAUCACGCGCGGAGCCGAAUCAACGCGUUGGAGCUGGAGGCCAGAGACGUCAAGUCAAAGCUCAGCACUGCAACGUUCCAACUCAAGGAACGAGGCAACCUAGUCGCCCAGAUCGAAGACCUCAAGUCGCUCAACAACGAGCAACGCGAGAACAUACGACGUGUCGAUCAGGACAUUCAGUCUCUUGCACCUCAGAUCGCGCAAGCUCAAGCGAAGUACGAUGACAUCAGCCGCCGCGGAGCCGAACGGGAUAGGGAACUGCAGCAGGAAGCCUCCAAACUGUCCGAUAGUGUUCACCAGCUGAAGUCAGCCGACCAAGAGAUCAACGCUUACCUAGACCGAGGCGGGCCUCAGCAACUGGCGCGGACGAAGCGAGAGAUUGAGAGUCUGGAAGAGGAACUCUCUCGAAUCGAGACCGAACAGCGACAAGCCACCGUCGACAUCAAGAAGAUCGAGGACAGCCUGCGGAACACAGCCGACACGCGACGCAGCAUUGCCGAUAACCUUGAAUACCGCCGCGGCGUCCGAGACCUUGACUCUGUUCGAGCAGAGAUUGAACAGCUCGAGAGCCAUAAUGCCGAAACAGACCGGAAGCGGUACGAGCGGGAAGGCACUAAGUGGCAGAACGAGGUGAACAAGCUGUCCGCCGAGCAGGCUAGUGUAGUUGGGUCCAUGAAAGCAAAAGACGAUAUCCUGCAAAAACUGGCCGAGGAAUGGGAAACAGACUACCGUGACGCGCCUCAGAAGUACAAGGAAGCGCACAUCCGGGUCGAGACGACGAAAGCCGCCGUUGAAGACUUGGGCCGGUACGGUGGCGCGCUCGACAAGGCGAUCAUGAAGUACCACGGCCUCAAGAUGGAGGAAAUCAACCGCAUCAUUGAGGAGCUGUGGAAGAAGACUUAUCAAGGCACAGACGUGGACACGAUCCUCAUCCGCUCAGACAACGAGUCCGCGAAAGGCAACCGGUCGUACAAUUACCGCGUGUGCAUGGUGAAGCAAGAUGCAGAGAUGGACAUGCGCGGCCGGUGCAGCGCAGGUCAGAAGGUGCUGGCCAGCAUCAUCAUCCGUCUCGCACUGGCGGAAUGCUUCGGCGUCAACUGCGGCCUUAUUGCGCUGGAUGAACCGACAACGAACCUGGAUCGCGACAAUAUCCGCGCGCUUGCGGAGGCGUUGGCGGAGAUUAUUAGGGUGAGGAGGCAGCAGAGCAACUUCCAGCUCAUUGUUAUUACGCACGAUGAGGACUUCUUGCGGUACAUGCAGUGCGCGGACUUUUGCGAUACGUACUAUCGGGUCAGCAGGAAUGAGAGGCAGAAGAGUAUCAUCGAGAGGCAGUCGAUUGCGGAGGUAGUAUGA